AUGGCCAAGGAAUCAAGCGUAAAGCAUGGUACGUUCUUUGCUCUCAAUGGAGAAAAUGUUUCGUACCGCAUCCAUGUGGACAACACCACUGGUGAUCUUCUGGGAGACCACUUCGGUGGCCCCGUCGGAGAUGUUAUCCCCUUGGAAACUGUAGGUGAGGUCAAUGGCUGGGAUAGUCACAUCGGACGUGUACGCCGUGAGUUCCCAGACCAAGGCCGAGGGGAUUUCCGCAUUCCUGCCAUUCGCAUUCGUCAGUCAGCAGGGUAUACUGUGUCUGAAUUCCAAUACAAAUCGCACAAGCUUAUUCCAGGCAAGCCUGCUCUGUCUGGGUUGCCAAGCACGUUUGGCACAGAAGAAGAUGUUAGCACUUUGGUCAUUAGUCUGUACGAUAAGUACAGCGACGUGGCUGCCGACCUCUCAUACUCAAUUUUCCCCAAGCAUGAUGCCAUUGUCCGCAGCGUGAAUGUUACGAAUCAUGGAAAAGAAAAUAUCACAAUCGAGUCUCUGGCCAGUCUGAGUGUGGAUUUGCCGUUCGAAGAGUUGGACAUGAUCAACCUUCGUGGAGAUUGGGCAAGAGAAGCGCACCGCGAGAGGAAAAGGAUCACGUACGGCAUCCAAAGCUUUGGAAGCUCCUCUGGCUACUCUUCUCACCAGCAUAAUCCUUUCCUAGCCUUGGCGGAGCCCUCCGCCACUGAGUCUCACGGAGAGGUAUGGGGAUUUUCGCUUGUGUACACGGGUUCAUUCUCUGUGAGCGUCGAGAAAGGCUCACAGGGCUUCACACGAGCCCUUCUGGGCUUUAACCCUGGCCAACUCUCGUGGACUCUGCCACCCGGGGAGAGUCUCACCUCCCCGGAGUGUGUCUCGGUAUACUCCAAGGAUGGCUUAGGUGGAAUGUCACGGUCCUUGCAUCGCUUGUACCGCAAUCAUCUCAUCAAGAGCAAGUUUGCCACUAGUGAUCGUCCUACAUUGCUGAACAGUUGGGAAGGACUGGUCUUCGAUUACAACCAGAGCACCAUCUAUGAGCUGGCAAAGGAAGCCGCCGACGUAGGUGCCAAGCUGUUCGUUCUGGACGACGGUUGGUUCGGCAAGGAAUAUCCACGUCUGUCCGACACAACCGCACUGGGCGACUGGAUUGCAAACCCUGACCGGUUCCCCAACGGUCUGGGGCCGCUUGUGAAGAACAUCACUGACCUGAAAUCCGCGAACUCUUCAACGAACAUGCGCUUCGGUCUUUGGUUCGAGCCGGAAAUGGUCAGUCCGAACUCGACUUUGUAUAACGAGCACCCAGACUGGGCUCUGCACGCAGGACCCUACCCUCGCACCGAAAGACGCAGCCAGCUCGUGCUAAACCUCGCUCUUCCUGAAGUCCAAGACUUCAUCAUCAAGUCCGUCUCGGACAUUCUCAAGAGUGCAGAUAUCACUUAUGUCAAGUGGGAUAAUAACAGGGGCAUUCAUGAGAUGCCUUCUCCAUCCACAAACCACGCCUACAUGCUCGGCAUGUACCGCGUUUUUGAUGAACUGACAACCCAGUUCCCCGAUGUUCUCUGGGAGGGUUGUGCCUCGGGCGGCGGUCGUUUCGACCCAGGUGUUCUGCAGUACUUCCCUCAGAUCUGGACUUCGGACAACACAGACGCUGUCGAUCGUAUCUCCAUUCAACUGGGUACUUCGCUCGUCUACCCACCCAGCGCAAUGGGUGCUCAUCUGUCCGAAGUGCCGAACCAACAGACAGGCCGCACAGUCCCCGUAAGCUUCCGCGGACAUGUGGCGAUGAUGGGCGGCUCGUUUGGCUUGGAACUCAAUCCGGCUGAUAUGCCCGCUGAGGAGAAGGCGGCACUGCCCGGGCUCAUUGCUCUCGCUGAGAAGGUGAACCCCAUUGUCCUGACUGGUGAUAUGUGGCGGUUGAGCCUUCCAGAGGACUCGAAUUGGCCUGCUGUUUUGUUCAUCUCCGAGGAUGGGCAGAAGGCUGUGUUGUUUGUCUUCCAGCUCUCCCCGAACAUUGAUCAUUCAUGGCCGCGUGUCAGAUUGCAGGGAUUGGAUGCGCAGGCUUCCUAUAAGAUUGACGAGGGUAUAGUUUACUCUGGUGGAACGCUGAUGAAUAUUGGUCUGCAAUUCCCCUUCAAAGGUGAUUAUGGCAGUCGAGUUGUGGUGUUGGAAAAGCAAUAG